AUGGCAACCGGUGAGAGGCGAUCAAAUCUCAGGUUGCUCAGGACGUCUUUGAUUCUGGACCAAGGUGGCACAUGCACGACUCGCUAUGGAGACUGUCUCAGACUGUGUACUUACAACGUGAGAACAGUGUCCCCACACGCUGGCCUACAUGCCCUUCUCGGAGCUGUAGAGCGUAUCAAAUUUCGAUUGAUUGCUCUGCAGGAGACCAAGUGCAGAAGGAGUGACGUACGACAGAUGAAUGGCGGUACACUCGUCAUUCGUGGAGAAAAGGUUCCGUCGCGAAAUGUAGGGGGUGUUGGUUUUGUUGUGCACCCAUAUGUCGUCCGUCUUAUCGAUUCUCACGAGAUCCUGUCACCUCGUCUGGCCAUUCUUCGCCUCCGCUCUCUGCGCCAAAAAAAUUAUCAGUAUCAUCAACUGCUACUCACCAACAUCAGCAGCUGA